AUGCCGGUCAUUUGUUUGGGCACGACACAUGUCCUUUAUAUCAGAGGUUGGAUCCAAGUUUGCGUAAAGGAAGAACCAUACAGCAGUUGCAACUUGUUCAAACUGUGCAAGCACACGCUAAAACCACCCAGGAGAGGUUGUAUAUAUGUUUUCAAAUGCUCGACGGGAUCCAACGGGUCGCGAAAGAUAAAACAGGGGGAGUAUCUCUCAAUAAGCAAUCCGUGCCUCUGCCUCGAGUGCGUGGACGUGUACUACAACCAGCACGACCCCGUCAAAAAGCCGCUGGUGCUAGUAUUUAAAUUCAAGAACGGUGAUGAUCGCAGUAACGGCGUCACGAACAGGUACUACCCGAUGUCCUGUUUUGAAACGGACAAAACGCAAUGCCCGUCCAAAAAGAUAGAGGACCUGUGCGAAUACAACGAACAGUCGAUACUGUGCGCGCUGCUACAGGAAAACGAUUCUCUACCCGGGUUAUUGACGUACGAUAUCAUGAAGAGGCCAACGGGUGCGGGCAACGGUGAGGGCGGCACCAACUGCAAGUACAACUGCGGGAAGAUCCAGGUCACCAAGAACGGCGAUGACACCAGCACCAGCGCGAACGGGGAACCGAAACUGGGCGCCGGGUUCACGCGAUAUAAACACGCGCCAACUAAUAGCAACGGGGGCAACAGCAACGGGAACAACGCCGGCAAACCCGCUUGUAUAAUAUACCGGUGCCAGACGCUCAUGGGCGGUAACGGCACCCAGGCCCAGACCCAGGAGCUCCCCGAAAUACAGGGCCAGACCUACAAGUGCGUAAGCGUAUACUUCGGGUGCAAAGCUAAGCGUAACGGAGCGGGUGCCAGCACGGGUGGAGGUGCGUGCCCGGCCGCCAGUACUAGUGGGAGCGAGGGUACCGCGUGUAAACCGGGCGCCACUGCCUGCUCCCCAGCUACCGGCGAGGGUACGUGCCCGGCCGAACCCCCGUCCGCCACCACUUCCCCGUGCAACCAGGACGUCCCGCUGCUCCUGGAACUGCACAGGAACGGUGCGAACAGCACGAACGGCGCCAGUACUAACCCCGAGUACUACGCGCACCUCCGUAGUACCAACGGCGCCCGGAAAAACGGUAACGGCCCCGAUAAGUACUACUGGGUAAAGCUCCCCUGUGGGAAUGGCGCUGAUGGACGCACGAACGGUGACUGUGUGCUGAAGAACCUGCUCGACGACAUCGGUUUGCACACCAGUUCUAGCGGUGCAGGCGAUAACGGGCACGAAACGCUAAAACAACUGCUAAAACAGGCGUUGAACAACGGCGCGACGGACGGCGCGAACGGGGACCUCACCGAAAAGCUACAAAAAAUGACAGGCCAGAACCUGACCAAACUGCUGAAAGCGACGGUCAACGGGUCCCAACCCAGCGUCCAGAACGGCCAGCAGAACGGCUCCAAAACCCUGGCCACCCUCUUGCUCAAACGGCUCCAGUUUGACAUAAUUGACUCGCUUGUUAUACUGCUGGAGAAAAACUGCAAGAACGCCCAUAACGGGGUUGCGGACGGGUACGGCGACUCCCAGAUCCAAAGCGCCAUUUCGGGGUUGCAACCCAACGGACGCGGAACACGAGUCAACCGCCUGAAACUGGGCAACGGGAACGAUAACGGGAACGGCACCAAGAUAACGGUGACCGAGGCACCCACGGAUAACGGCGACCCGGGCUCGGUCUGCGCGUGCCUCGCCAAAUGUUUCGCCAAAUACGGGUACUGCGUAAUACAGCACGAUUUUUCCCAGGCCGUCAAUACCAAACUGGGCCAGGGCUGCUCGGCGGGCCUGCGCCUGCUGUUGCCCACCAAGGAGAACAACGAGCGGGGUGGCGGAGGCGGUGGCGGUGGCGGCCAAACGAAGUACGCCGAGCUCCGCCUUUACAACAGCGCAGAGAAAACGGACCCCCAAUACCUCCAGUACCUGUACUACACCAAGGGCGCGGGUUCGGGCGGGUCGGCCGCCUGCACGACCGCCUGCACUACCUCUACGACCGGCCACACCUGCUCCAAGACCCAAAACGCCCAGAUAUGCUCCAAGCUGUACGUGGUGUUUUACAAGGGCGUCCCGAGUACGGGCGGCCGGACCAGCGGGUCAGCAGGCACGGGCGACCCUAGGCCACUACUACUCUGCUACCGGGGAUGCUGGUACCGCCCCAAAGAUAAGAACGGGUAUUUCAGCGCGUGGGUCAAGGUGGACCUGGGUGACAAGGGCGCGUGCGAGUGCUCAAACGGGGGCCCAGAGGGCGCAGGUGCGAACUGCGAGAAAUGCAAGGCGCUUUUUAAGGCGCUCACGACGACGGUCGGGUUCCUGAACACCGUCGACCUGUUCCAGCACCCGGGUACGGCAGGGGGGGAGGCCGGCCAAACCACGUGCCAACCCGGUGAACCAGGUGCAGCGGGCGCUACUGCCACCUGCCAGUCCCCAACCAGUAGCCAAACCACCGGGAAGUGCACGUACGAGGUCCACCAGUUCCGGGGCUCCAAAAUACAGGUCCAGGUCAAGUGCUGCCCUGUUAAUGGUACAACCGCCAGUUCGGGGUGCUACAGGAAGCUCACCCACAGGCCGGCCGGCACGGGAAACGGGUCCAAUAGCGCGAACACGAACAACGGGUUUAGACUGGGCGACGUCGUGUACUGUCCUAGCAGCGGGUCCAGCGGCGACCCACAGGGCUCCAUCACGUACUACGGAAACGGCUCAGACAAGGGCAACGGCGACCACACCUCCACCCAUAAGUGGGCCCCGCUCACAUCCGUCGCCGUGUACUACUACAACGAGGACAAAGGGUACUGCGAUCCGCUGCUGGUGGAGCUGCAGUUUGCCAAGGUGGCGGCUAACGGGCUGCAGAACGGCGCCACCACGACGGAGUACUACCGCCUAAAAACGCGCAACGGGUCUGGCGGAAAGUUGGAGUGGGCGAAAGUGGACAAUGGCUCUAAAACCAACCUAGCGAAGCCGGGGUGCCUCACCCGUUACUUGGACCAGAUACGCUAUUGCCUCAAAAAGGUGGUGCGGAUACAGCUUGAGAAAAACAAGGCGAGCGACAGUUACGAUCUCGUGGGCAAGGACGCCAAGCCGGGGACUAGCAGCUCAAACGGGUUCUCGCCCAUUAAAAACGGCGUCGAUAACAACGGGCAGCUUAAGGUCACGGUCUGCGAGUGCUCCGGGUGUGACGCACUAACUAAAUCGGGGUACAAGUGCUUCAAGCACGACCUGUCAACGGCGCUAAAAUCCGUCCACUACCAGGUGGCCGGGCUGGCCUUUACGCUCCCCGGCAAGAACGGCGAUGCGGGCGCAAACGGGGGCGGCGACAAGGUGGUGGAGAUCCCGCUGUAUUCGGCGGAGGGCCAGGCCGGCUCCAAGGGUGUGGGUCCCAGUGGGUGUCUGUCCAGUCAGAGCGCUGCCACCUGCCCACUCGAACCCACUGCCGGAACCUGCUCCGCCGUAACAGGAGCGCCCUCAACAUGUUCUCCCGGCCAACCCAUCACCCCGCUCACGUACAACAGCUGCAUGGGCGACGUGUACGUCUAUUUUUACGCCGGUACUAAUGGUGCCGUUCAACCUGCUACUGUGGACACCGACACGGUCCCGCUGAUGCUACGGUAUAACGGGCAGUUUUACAGGCCGUGCGACCGCGACCAGUACUUUACGAGGUGGGUGUGCGUCCCCGGGCUGUGCAAAACGGCAGGCGAGUGUAGGUGCGCGUGCUGUCCGGGCGUAGGGGCAGGCGACACUGGCACUAGUUGUGGCACCCAUGGACCGGGUGGAGACGGCGCCGAGUGCGGCCCGGAGUGCCCGUGCUGCAAAGAACUCGCCAACGAACUGGACAGGGUAAACGAGUGCCUGAACCGUAUAGACCUGGACCCCGAGAAGGCCAGCAAGGCCGGUUCGGGCGGCAGUUCAGGCGCGGGCACCGGGUACGGCCUCCCCGAGAGCAACGGGGGGAAGGAUUUGGACACGUCGGUGGGCAACAACAGGGUGUGCCUGACCGAGAAAAAACCCACGGGCGACGACGCUCAAAAGGCCUACGUGAAGGUCGUGCACAGGACGAAGAACGGGUUUCGAAUAGGCUGUUUAACCUAUUGCGGGAAGGAGAUCACGCAGGACGGGGUGACCCCGACCGCCCUGAGCAACGGCCAGUGUGACGGGCCCGCCCUGAGCAACGGCCAGACCUGUUCCGCCAGCCCGGCCGCUGCGGGGACAACGGGUAAUGGCACGAUCAAGAUCGAGGUCGCUAAAGGCACCGGUGGACCCAACGGCAACGGGAACCACAAAAACCUGGUCACCACGUGUGGGUGGAACACGGUGGUCGUUUACUACUCGACGAGCGACAAAUGUUACUCGUUGCCGCAGCUGAUCGUGCUGCUGAACACGGACGGCCCAGUAAAGAACGGCGAGGCGGUGACCGGCAGUGCGGACAAAAAGUACGGGUACUACGUGCUCUCGAGCGCCAGUACAGGGGGUGGCGGCGGUGCCGGAAGUACGGGGUACGCGUACCAGUGGCGUUUGGUAAACGGGUCAAAAACGCCCGUAAAACUGGACGAGAAAACCGAUUUCCAGUUGCUCAACGCCGCCGUGAUAUUGCUGGAACAGAAGGCCGGGAAGUGCAUAGGUGGCACGUACGGGGAUGACAAGAUCAAAAAGGCCGUCGGUAAGGCAGGUUUGCAAUCGCCGGGCAACGACAACGACGUGAACCGGCUCACCGGCAGAGAGAUUACGGUUAAGGACGAGACAGAAACGGGUGCGGGAACAGGUCCCUGUGCGUGCGUUAAGCAAUACGGUUUCAAGGCUAUGACGCACAACCUGGACAAGCUGGUGAAGCUCAACGGGUCGUUUAAGCCGCCCCUGUGCCAAAUUAACCUGAUAGCCGGACUGAAGUUCUUGAUACCCACUGGUGAACGAGGAAAGUACAAACGGGUGACGCUGAACGGUGAUGCGGCCGGUGCCCAAAACGGCUCUGUAAAGUACCACCACCCCGAUAACGGGAACAAGGUAUGCGUUUAUUUCUACUGCAGUGACCCGCGACCGCUCCUGGUGUGUUACAACGGGUGGGCGUACCGGGCCAAGGACAUGGCAGCGUACAACGAGCAAAAGUGGGCCAAGUGUACCGAGGUACAAGCGGCGGACGCGGCGAAAUGCGGGUGCGCCCAGACACCACCGACCGGGACGUGCGACAAGUGCCCGCUUAUAAAGGCGCUGGUCGGGGUGAGCGACUUCCUGAACCCGGUCGACGUAAAACAGGUACCCAAUUCAACAUCAAAAUAUUGGAAAUUUUGCCGAUGCUACUGUGUACAUAAAUUUAACGGGUGUAAAAUAUGGAUCAGGGUGACAUCACAACCCGCAAUAGGUUCGUUCUGUUACAACAAGUACACGCACACGCACGCCGGAAUAACGGGUAAAGGGGACGGGUUCCGCCUGGGCAACAUACACUAUGACGGCCGUAAUAAGGGCGAAAACGGUAACAAUAACAGUAACACGUGUAUCAAGUUGAACGGGACGAACAGCAAUGGAUACAAGUGCAUUUCAGCCUCCGAUGUCAACAAAUCCGACAACAAACACAAAGCUUCCCCCGAGGUCGUCGUGUUCUACUACAAAGGCGACACUAAACACGAGCACCCACUGCUCGUCGCGCUCAGGAGCCCUGACUGGUGCUUUUACUAUAAUACAUACUUUGAGCUCACGAAGAAGUCCGAGCCCCGCGAGACCAAAUUGUACAAGAAAAACGACGGCAAAGACCCUCUAGAUUUGUCCGACACAAAACCGGGUGGCAAGCUGGCCCAAAAGCUCGACUCUAUACUGUUCAAGAUUAGCAAGAAACUGCAAAUCGUGCUGAGCACGCGCCCCGUGGCAACCGAGUACAAGCCCGGCCAGAACGGGUUAAUCACUGACGUUUUUGAUACCGGCACGGGCGACAAGAGUUCAAACCAAAAGGCGGCGAAACAGUUAUUCGACGUAAAAACCAGGAUACUCAAAGAGGUGGCCAAAGAAGCGGAUGAACUCGAAAAAACCUCUAAGACAACAGGCACCAACGCCCUUACAGCCGGCAAGCCCCUCUCCACUAGGGACUCGUUGAUGCACCACGUUACUCUUAAGACCAGUUAUCAGGCCAAGCUGUGCGACAACAACGGUAAACCCUCAGCCCCGCCCGAACCUGCAACACCGUCCGGACCCACCACCACCCAGAUCCAAGUGGAGGAAGUGCACUGUCCGGGCCUGCAACCAGGGGGGUACCGCUGUUUCAAACAUGAUCUCGUUAACACCAACAACAUCGAGCAGGUGGGCGGGCUGGUGCUGUGCCUCUGGGUCGAUAAGGCGGGUGGAAAGGGCGACAAUGGCAAGUGCCAGCCCUGCGACACCCAGGGUAGUAAACAGGGCGCCGGAAAGGAGGGCCUCGAGUUGUGCACCGGCCAGGCCACGAGUAACGGCGAAACCGGGUGCAAAAACGGCAAAAACGGGUGCAAAACCGGCAAAAACGGCCAGUCAGUACAGCUGUCGUACACCACCUGUAAGGGCAAUUUGUACGUGUUCUUCUACGGCGAGGACCCGCGGCCGCUGAUGCUGUGCUACGACAAACACGCGUACCGGCCCGUGUGCAUGGCGGACUACUGCAAGCAGUGGGUUAGGGUGGGCAACGGCCCGGGGGGCGCCGGGUCCACGAAUUGCAUGUGCGACGAAAAGGGCCAACAAACGGGCAGGAAGGGUGAGCCCAAGUUCAACACGCCGGCGCUGCUCCCCGAGCUGUUCCGGGUGUCCGUGCUCCUGAACCCCGUUUAUCUGCGCCUGACCAAGGAUGCGUACGGGAAACUGGAUCCGAAGCACGGGCAGGCUGACUCGGCGGGUACGAACGGCCGGCAACAACCGUCAAGCGCGUCAGGCCCGAACGGCCCCCAAGCCGCCUCAGGUACGAACGGGCAAACGGGAUCGGCGACCGACGACUACACCUACCUAACCCACAACUACCCGCCCGACCCGGUUCGGGUGCGCGUCACCACCCAGGACCUGCAGUGCUACCGGCGCUACACGCACAAGCCGGAGCACGAGGGGUUUAGGCUGGGCCGGGUGACGUACGCCCAGCCGCCCUGUCCCGAGGGUGCGGGUGCGGGUCAGGGGAACGGUCCGGGUGUACCGGUGGCGGCCUCGUCAAAUGGGCAGUGCCCCGCUCAGCCCACCGCCCCUAGUACCACCACCACUACCCAGGCGUUCUGCUUCAAGUACGCACCCGAAAAACAACUCCAAACCGUGUGUACGUACUACUACAUGUACGACUGCGCGCACAACUGGCCCCUGGUGGUCGAGCUCGGCUUCAAGGGCCGGCCGAGCGAGUGGUGGCGGUUGUGCUCCGGGCCACAGGAAGGGGGUGGUAACGGCAGUAACGGGGUUAGUGCGGGUAGUAACGGGGGCGGAGCGAGUGUCAGCCCGAACGGCUCACCCACCGGCUCCACUAGCACGGACGACCCGGCGCCCUCGAAGCCGCCUACCACCGGGCUCAAGUGGGUCCGGAUGACCGCCAGUCAGACUGGUACGGGUACGGGUGCCGAUGCCCAGGCGCAAACGGGCACGAGUACGGGCCACACGAAUACAGGGACGGGCACAGGGACGGGGGACAGCUGCAAGGACGCCCCGAGCACCCAGCCCGCCCAGUCCGGCCAGAACGGGGCCGCCGGUCAGAGCGAAAACUGCGCCGAGUGCCCGCCCCCUGGAGCGGCUGCUACGGGUGGCCCCCAACCCGCCCAUAACGGUAACAACACCCACACCCACACCACGGACCAAACCUCCCAGGAACAGCGCGAAAACCGCGAACAAACGUGCGCGCGCGACGCCGCGUUUGCCCGAGACGCCCGGGAAAUAGAAAACAAACUGGGAAAAACGGUGCUCGGCAUACCUGCCUACCCUCGCAACUACCCCGGGCUCGAGAUCGACCUCCGCGAGCUCAUAGAACGACGGGCCUACGAGAUACGCAAGUCGUUGGGCAUCGAGUACGGUCCAAAAACGGAGAAAACGUUGAUAAUGGAAACGGAUAGUAACUGCCAGGAGGAGUCGAUAAUGGCGUACUUGGUGGGCGGGGGCGUGUUCGGCGCGGCCGGCGGCAGCGGCUGGAAGUUGGUGACGAUGGUGACGGGGAUGACGGGUGUGGUGAGGGUGGGUGUGACGGGUGAGAAAUGA